AUGUCGUCCAACAACACCUCGGCCAGUGUCUCCAUCGAUAAGUUCGAUGGGGACAACUACUCAACCUGGUGUCGCUACAUGCGCGGCGUGUUUCUGACGAAGUCAGUCUGGUACGUCGUGAACCGCGAAACGUCUCCAACCUUCACCGACACGCGAGCUUCCGACGAGUACGUCAAGGCGAGCAACAUCGCGUUCGGGUUGAUGUUGCUCCACAUGGACGCCGACUACCACCGUGUGGUCGACAACUGUGAAGAAGCAUGGACAGCGUGGUCGCGGUUGAAGAUGCUCUAUGGUGGGUCGCAGAAGGCGGGACGCAUCUACCUCAAGCGCCAGCUGUUCAGCAUCAAGAUGGCGGAAGGUGCCAACGUCUUGCACCAUUGCAACGAAGUCUUGAACAUCGGCGCCAAGCUCAGCAGCAUCGGUGCCAAGAUGGAAGACGAAGACAUUGCGAUCUGCUUACUGCGCAGUCUGCCCAAUAGUUUCGAGAACGUGGUUCUCAACUUGGAGAUGAGCAAUGCAGAGCUGCGCACGCAAGAUGUGGUCAAGGUACUGACUAACGAGCACAUCAAGCGACAAGGCGAGAAGAUGACGAUGGCAACGACAACGGUGAAGACUGAAGAUGCGACAAAGGCAUUCAGUACCAAGCGCAAGCCCUACCAAUGCACAUACUGUGGCAAGGUGGGGCACACGGCAGAGCGUUGCUGGACGAAGCAAAAGGAUGAAAGUCGAGGAGCCCAACGCGGCGGCAAUGGUCGUCGACGCGGGUCAAACAAUGUCCACUGGCGACAUUAUGAUGAAGGCAACAGCUACGAUCGAGUGGCGUUUGCAGUUUCGUUCGAAUGCGGAGUUUCGACGAACAAGAAUGGACCAGGAAUGUGGGCCGUUGACAGCGGGGCAACACAUCACAUCUGCCACGACAAGUUCAAGUUUGCAAGCUUGGUCGAAGGCAAUGAUGGCGAGAUCCUGGUGGCUGAUGGCAACAAGGCGGCCAUCAAAGGUGUGGGGACCAUCGUGGAAAAGGUGAUUCUGCCAAACGGGGAAGAGCGCGAGAUCGAGAUCAAGAACGCGCUCUAUGUGCCCAGCAUGAGCAAAAAUCUGCUCUCGGUGCCGCAGAUUAACAAGCACGGCAACUUCCAAGUGGUGUUUGACGGGGAUACGAUGUACGUCGCUCGCAAGGAUUCCAAUCAAGUGGUGGCAGCUGCGGAUCUUGUAGACGGACUCUACUGGCUUCGCACGACGCAGCGAUCGGCCAAUGCGACAUCACUCAGCAACGCUGUUGAUCUACAUGCGCGAAUGGGCCAUGCUCCAGUCGACGUGCUUCGCAGGAUGGUGACAAGCCACAUGAUCAAGGACGCUCACAUCCCUUCCAAGCCGAAUGGAUCAAGUGUGUGUCGAGGAUGCCAAGAAGGGAAGAUGGUCCAAAAACCAUUCCCGAGCAACCGUGACAAGCGCACCUACAACACCUUCGAGAUGCUCCACUUCGACAUCUGCGGACCCAUGGAAGAAAAAUCUCUGGGUGGCAGCAAGUAUCUGCUGCUGAUCGUGGAUGAAGCCAGCGGAUGCAUGAAGGGUUUUUGUCUGCAUUCCAAGUCAGAGAGCGAAGAUUGCAUCAAGAAGUACAUCACGAUGAUGCAGACGCAGUUCAGCAAGAAGGUCAAGUUUUGUGCGCCACGACGAGCUUGCGAGUUUGCGACGAACUCGCUUCAAGAUUUCUACGAAGUCGAAGGCAUCGAGCAACAAACCACGGUGCCAUACGCACAUCAAGCCAAUGGAACUGCUGAACGCGCGAUUCGAACUAUCGUCACCAUCGGUCGUAGCAUGCUACAUCAUGCCAAGUUGAACAAGUGCUUCUGGGCUGAAGCGUCAAUGACGGCCGUCUAUGUGAAGAACCGUUUGCCGUCACCCAAGAUUCCACACAAGACACCGUUCGAGAUUGUCUACAAUUCUAAGCCAAGUGUCAAGCACAUGCGCGUUUUUGGGUGCCAAGCAUACAUCUUGACCCCGAAGGAGAAACGACUCAAGUGGGAUGCCAAGGCUCGUGCAGGUGUGUUCAUGGGAUACGAAGAAGUUUUAAAAGUGUAUCGAGUUUACGACAUCGAAGCGGGGCAGGUGAUGAUAAGUCGCGAUGUCAACUUCGAUGAGUCGGCCUUUGGACUGUCGAUGCUGAUUUCCGAUGACGAUGUUGAUGGCCUGGACUUCGAAUCGAUCGAUUUUGAUGAUGAAGAACCGCGUCCGAGACACUUCAAACAUACAGGAAAGCGCAAGGCCCAACCCAGUCACGACAAUGACGACGCAAGCAUGCCCCGAGCAGUGCGCCAACGACCCGGAUUGGAAGAGUCAAGUGCGCCGGAUGACCUCUCUUCACGUCGAGCCAACGAAGAUGAAGAAAGGAAGUCGGAGGAACAACAUGACACACCGACUUCCUCCGCGUUUUGGCAUGCGAGUGCAAAUGCCGUCGAAGCAGCGGUCGAUUUUUUCGGAGCCGUCGACAUUUGA